AUGGACUUGGCUUCGUCGUCCGUCUCAAACGUAUCAGAAACGCUAUCGGUGAGCGACUCAGGCUUGUUGAUCGACAAGAACUUUUUGGAUAGCGUGGACGCUUUCUCCUUGUACUUGGCCACGUUUGCUCCAGAAGCUGAUGAGCCCAGAGACUCAUUGGUCAGCACAGAACUACUGUCGUGGACAGAGUCAAAUGUGCCCGAAUGA